AUGGAAUCGAUUGUGCAAAUGCCGUACGAUGCUACAGUUCGCCUCAUGCUGGCUUCACACGAACGCAAUUUGCUGCCGGACGUCGUUAUACGACGCCUCACUCGCCUGCUUCUUGCCAGUCGCCUCCGGUCCGGUUAUAAACCCUCCGCUGAGCUCCAAUUGUCCGACCUCCUCCACUUCGCGCACACAUUAAGAGAAAUGCCAAUUGCCAUUAAGACAGAAAGGCCAAAAUCCCAACAUUAUGAAGUUCCAACAUCGUUCUUCAAGCUUGUUCUUGGAAAGCAUCUUAAAUACAGUUGCUGCUUCUUUUCUGACAAGUCAAGCACCUUAGAGGAUGCUGAAAAGGCAAUGUUAGAGCUGUACUGUGAGAGGUCGCAAAUAAAAGAUGGCCAUACUGUUCUUGAUGUUGGAUGUGGCUGGGGAUCACUAGCUUUCUACAUCGCAAAGAAAUAUCCCAAUUGCCAGAUUACAGGGAUUUGCAAUUCAGUGACCCAGAAAGCGUACAUUGAGGAGCAAUGCCGGGAUCUUCAAGUGCAGAAUGUUGAUAUCAUAGUUGCAGAUAUUAGCACGUUUGAUAUGGAAGCUUCCUACGACAGGAUAUUUUCUAUUGAAAUGUUUGAGCACAUGAAAAACUAUAGGGACCUUCUUAAGAAGAUAUCCAGGUGGAUGAAACCAGAUGGUCUUCUGUUUGUCUAUUAUUUCUGCCAUAAAACAUUUGCUUACCACUUCGAGGAUGUCAACGAAGACGAUUGGAUCACUCGGUACUUCUUCGAUGGAGGCACGAUGCCAUCAGCAAACUUGCUCCUUUAUUUUCAGGAUGAUGUGUCUAUAGCUGAUCACUGGCUUAUUAACGGAAAGCAUUACGCACAGACAAGUGAAGAAUGGCUCAAAAGAAUGGAUAAGAACUUGAAUUCUGUGAAGCCAAUGAUGGAGACAACUUAUGGCAAGGAUUCAGCUGUUAAGUGGACUGUCUAUUGGAGAACAUUUUUCAUUGCAGUUGCUGAACUAUUCGGGUACAACAAUGGAGAAGAAUGGAUGGUUUCGCAUUUCCUCUUUCGGAAGAAAUGA